AUGGGUAGGGCUCCAUGCUGUGAUAAAGCCAAUGUGAAGAAAGGACCUUGGUCUCCUGAGGAGGAUGCGAAGCUCAAGAGUUACAUAGAAGAACAUGGAACUGGUAACAACUGGAUUGCUCUCCCUCAGAAAAUUGGUCUCAAGAGGUGUGGCAAGAGCUGCCGGCUAAGAUGGCUAAACUACCUCAGGCCAAAUAUCAGGCAUGGUGGCUUCUCAGAAGAGGAAGAUCGCAUCAUAUGCAACCUCUAUAUUAGUAUUGGCAGCAGGUGGUCAAUCAUAGCAGCUCAGCUUCCAGGAAGAACUGAUAAUGACAUCAAGAAUUACUGGAACACUAGGCUUAAGAAGAAGCUUCUUGGCCGGAGAAGAGACCUUCCACCAUCGCAGUUCCGUCAGUUAGCUGCCGCUAACCCUAAACUUAAAGAUGAGGGUGUCAACUCUAACCCUAAUGAAUGCCCACAAACCCUAACAGCAUCAGCACUGGAAAGGUUGCAGCUUCAUAUUCAGCUCCAAAGUCUACACAGUCCCUUCUCCUUCUAUAACACUACAUCCCUUUGGCCCAAUAAUAAGCUCUUGCAAACCAUAAACAUUAGUACUGAUUCCAUUGCCACUACUGCAUCACCAUUGAAGGAUUUCCAGCAAAACGACAUUAUCAAUUCUAUGAUUGCAAACACGCAGGAAAAUAUAGGAAUUCCUUCUUCAUAUUCCAAUAACCCUGAGGCCGAUUUCCAGAACCUGCUAUAUGGCUAUAAGGAGAAUUACCAACUCACACAAGUGGAUUGCUUGAAAGGAAUCAUGAAUGAUGAGCAGAAGGCAAUUGACUGGUGGGAAAGCAACGAAUUCGAGGAGAAAUUUCCGUCCAGUUCGUGGGAUUCGGCUUCUGUUCUUCAGCCAGAUACUGUGGUCAUUCAAGAUUAUGAGCUCGGGUAUGAUCAAUAG